CCAGAGCUUUCUGGUUCAAGCAUUUUUGCUGAGAUCCUCGCUCACAGCUUACUCCGCGCCCGCUCGCGUGCCAUGUGGCCCUGCGUUGUCGCCGUCGCCGUUGGCAUCUGGCUGUGGCGCGGCGGCGGUGGCGAGCGCGACGGGCACUGGCACUGGAGUGCAGAGGAGGGCGCGUGGAUCUGGCGCUGGGGCUCCUCCUGGUGGAUCUACCUCGAGGAGCUCCCGUGGGUCCAUUACGCGGACGAGGCGAACCGCUGGCCCGGCGAGGACGGCGCUGGCGCGCCAGGCAUGUGGUGGUCCUUCACCACGGGCCUGCCAUCGUGCCACAUCGGCGGCAGCGUCCGCACGGACCCCAGGGCCGCGGACCCAGCGCACUGGCGUCACUGGGCGGGUCCCAAUCCUCACCAGGAGAUGGCCCGCUACCGGCAGCAGGACGCGGCUCGGGCCUCCACGUGGCGCGCCACGGCGCGGCUUGCAGCGGCGCGCCUGCCGCGGCCCGCGGAGUCGCUCGUCCUGGAACUCCUGGGGGCGCCCGCGGCGUGCUGCUGAGGAGGACGCCAGCUACCUGAGCAGCUGAGCGACGGCAAAGCCCGGCGGCACCGCGG